UUGUAGUACUGACAAAUAUGUCGGCCUCUGGGAAUGUCUUACCUACCAAUAUUAUUCAUGUGUGAGAGGAGCAUAUCAUUUUUUGAGAUUGCAUUCAUUUGGCUAUAUUCCCUUUAAUUCCUGCGCUCCACAGGCGACCUGCAGCCAGAUGCAGCUGUUUAAGAUAAGUUACAAAACCCAGCACCUCAUACCCCUAGCUAACACUGAGCUAAGCUAGCUACCUGUAGUAAUAUCGUCAGUCGUAUCGGUGGCUGGCUCGCUAGCCAACCAUGUAUCUGUGAAAUAGCUUUGUAGUGGAAUAGCUGGCCACCAUUGCAAGUGCCGUAGCUUGUGGCUCCGCGGAAUGACCCUCGCAUGGAUAUUAAUGGACGGAACGACUUGUCUCUGCUGAUUGUAAUCCCAAGAGGAAAUAACGUGACCAAGGCUGAGUCAUCCCAUUCACCGGUUCUGGACCCCGGGCCAUUGUUAAAGCAUUCACAGGUGCCACAUCUUGACCAACUAUCAGCCUGGAUUCAUUUUUUUCUGCGACCUAGAACAACCUGGAGAAUUCUGCUGUUUCAUUCAUAUACACAAAGUGAUCCACAUCAUAGAGGAGGCCAAGAGGAAGGGGAAAUGUGCUUGCAUCCUGUUUUUGAGGUUAGAGAAUGACACUUCAAACCUGAAAACCUCAAGAUUCAUCUGGCUUUUGGAAUCUUCAUUUUCCCCAUAUAAAAGCCUACUAUUUUUUUUUAUUUUUUUUUUACUUUUUUGUUGAGGCUGUUCUUAAAACAUUUCUCUGGAGAGGGUGUAUCCCACACGGGAUUGUUGUUGGAGGGUGUUAUCCAAGCCUCGGUGCUCUCUGCUGAGAAAGGAAGUCAGAGGGAAGUCCCUGGAGAAGACAGCAAAAUAGAAAGGAAAAAAAAAAAAAACUGUCGCUGGGAAGCCAACCAUUACAUAACUAACCGGCAUGGCUGUCCACUAACACAGAGGAAGAAGGAAAUAUCAUUAUCCGGUCACACCUAACCCCCAGUGCUCCAGUUCAGCACUGUAGAUUUAGCUGCUUUUCAACAAUUUCAUGUACAUGGAUACUAAUGGAUGGUCUACUGGAUUAUCCUCUAGACAUUUUGAAAAGUACCACACAAUCAGUGCCAGCUUUUUGUCUUCUAAUUAUAUCCAUGGUGCUGCUGGCAGGUAAGGUGGUUUGAAUCUGCCACCAGCCGGGUUUAGGGAUGCCCCGACACAGGAAAACCAGGCUACUCCAUUGGCCCGCUUACAGACUGCUGUUUCUAAUACAAGUCCUGAACUGAAAGGCAAUUGUCUCCUCCUCUAACAACGAGCAAGGGGUUGACAUUUUUUUCAUUUGCAAGACUCUUAUUUGUGAGUGCUGAAAACCUUAUAUUGGAAUGAGCUUUUUGCUAAUGCAGACUUGGCUACAAAAGAGCUCAUUUCUGAUAUUACGACCCGACCUGCACUAAGCUGAGGAAAGCCACAGAGGAAGGAAAAUAGAAAGCCAAAUCACAUUAUCAUCUCAGGCCUUUUUUUUCCUUUCAAGCUUUUCUCUUUUUUUUUUCUCUCUCUCUUUCUUUGUUUUGUUGUUUCUACUAUGUCCAUUUCGUACCAAAACAGUUCUACCUCUGCCUAUUCUGGUACCGUACCAUACUACUACCAAGCUGAACUAGUUCACAUCUGAGGCAAGGCUCUUCAGUUUAGCAGAACGUUUCUGUCUGUCACUUUUCACAGCACCAAAACACUGAAGAACAUAAUUAUUGUGGUUUAACAAAAAAAAAAAAAAAAGGGUCCAAAUACUUCUUUUUACAAAACAUCUAAAUAGCAGCAAUGUUUGUUUUGUUUUUUGUUUAAAUUGCACUAUUGUGUGUUUGGCUUGGUUCACCUUGUAACACAACAAGCUAAAUUACUGCUCUUAGACUGAUUGUGCUGUGUGUAAAGGCACCCAUAGAAAUAAUCACUUUGUGUAAACCUGUAAUUAACUGGCUGUGUUGUUGAACAGAGUGGAAUAAGUGGUUUUGUAUUUGCCUUCAACUGUGUAACAGAUAGUUACUUAAACAUAUUUCUCUUUACAAUCAGUGGCUGUCUUGGUCAGCCAGUCUUCCCACCUGUUUGUCUGGCUGAGAAGGAAACAAGGCUUCUACAACAGAGACUUACAAGCUUCUUUUGAGCUCUCACACACAGUAGAUUGGGCUCGACCUAAUAACCCAAGAAACCAACCAUUCACUCCUCUCAUGUAAAUGUUCAACCUCAGUGUUUUUCUCUUUGCCAUCUGAGACAGAACCCUCUGCAAAUAUUCCACCAUCCCUUAUAAAGCUCUUCUUUCCUUUGUUUUCCUUUUUUUUAUUUUUUGCCAAUCUGCCAUUUCUACUUCUACACUACCAAUCCACUUCAUAUAGCUAAAGAAACAUUUAUCUCUGAAUCACAAAUUCUUUGGCACAGCGUUUAGAGAACAAACACACAGGACGUGAUGCCAGGUGGUGGUAGUAGUAAGAGCGGAGGGCGGGGUCCAUCGUCGUCACCUCUCCCUCAUGCUGUGGUCCCGCCCAGCAGACCCUUACGACCCUCCCGCUACGUCCCGGUGUCUGCUGCCACUUUCUUCCUGGUUGGGUCCACCACGCUCUUCUUCUGCUUCACAUGUCCGUGGCUUUCAGAGCGUUUCUCGGUAGCUGUGCCCAUCUAUAAUGGCGUCAUCUUCCUGUUUGUUUUGGCUAACUUCUGUAUGGCCACAUUCAUGGACCCCGGUAUCUUCCCGAGGGCUGAGGAGGAUGAGGACAAGGAGGAUGAUUUCCGUGCUCCCCUUUACAAGACUGUGGAGAUCAGAGGAAUUCAGGUCAGGAUGAAAUGGUGUUCAACCUGCCGCUUCUACAGACCGCCACGGUGUUCCCACUGCUCUGUCUGUGACAACUGUGUCGAGGACUUUGACCACCACUGUCCGUGGGUGAACAACUGCAUCGGCAGGCGAAACUACCGCUACUUCUUCCUUUUCCUGCUAUCGCUUACGGCUCACAUUAUGGCCGUGUUUGGUUUUGGCCUGCUCUUCAUCCUCUAUCAUCGACAGAACAUCGACCGCCUGCAUGCCAUUGUCACCCUCGCUGUAAUGUGUGUGGCAGGCCUGUUCUUCAUUCCUGUUGCUGGCCUUACUGGUUUCCACAUAGUGCUUGUGGCCAGGGGCAGGACGACCAAUGAACAGGUAACAGGAAAGUUCAGAGGAGGCGUGAACCCUUUCACCAAUGGCUGUUGGAAGAAUGUCUCUCAUGUCCUCUGCAGCUCACAGGCACCCAGGUAUCUUGGCAGGAAGAAGUGUGUGCAGAGUGUGUUUGUGCAGCCUCCUUUUCUGCGCCCACAGCUGACAGAGGCCCAGCUGGCUGCAAAGAUCCUGGACAAUGGCAUACAGGGAGACCUGCACAGGUCCAAGUCUAGUCUGGAGAUGAUGGAGAGCCAGUCAUGUGAUGCUGAGCCUCCUCCUCCGCCUAAACCAGAGCUCCGCUACCCUGGAAUCGCCAGAGGAAACACAGAGGAGUGCAGUCUACUGAACAAAGCCCCUCCCACUCCCACGAUGUACAAAUACAGGCCCACCUACAGUCCCAGCAAGAACCAUACAGCACUUACGCAUGCUUAUGCCAACCAGUUGAGUCGAGGGGAGAGUGUUGGCAGUGCCAGGGACUCCUCCUCCUCCACUUCCUCCCUCCUCCAGGCAAACCAACAGCCUGGCUUCCGCUCACAGCCCAGCCUGGACCAGAGGGAUACUUCAUCUGACAGAGUGGGAGAAGGAGGGGGAGGAGGAGGAGCAGGAGGGGAGAGGAGAGAGGUGGGAGGAGGGGGCAUUCCUGGUUACUCCCUCGGCGGGCGCUCGUACCCCUCCUUCUCCGACCCUACUGUCCUGGCAGGAGUGGCAUCACGUUCUUCCAGCUCAACGCACACCUCUGCAGGUGCAGCCCACGUCUCUGAGGCGACCACCACUUCUGCCAGCUUCAAGAGCCUAGCCAAUCAGACACCCCCACCUCACCACCCUUCUCGCAACGGGAGUCUGUCUUAUGACAGCUUGCUGGCAGGUGGUGAUGAUUUUGACAAAGAGGUGGUGGGUUCAGUGGUCCCUGAGGUUUCCACUGGGAGACCCUGCACACCAGCAACAGUCGGCUACAGCUCCCCCUUCUUAUCAUCACAACAGAGAGAUCCUGAGAUGCACUCCCAGUCGCCCCAUCAUCACCACCGCACCACCUACCAUCACCCGUUCCUCCAUCGCUCCUCCUCCUCCACAUCCUCCUCCCCACCACCACCCCCAGAGAGAGAGCGCCUGCUGGGUGAGCCCCACGCUGGUGCUCAUGCCCUACCUGCCAGUCAAACUUCUAGUACCCCCUCCUCCUCAGCCCAACCUCCUCCACACCAUCAUCACCACCACCACCACCACCACCACCACUCCCAUCAUCACCACCAUCACUCGUCCUCCACAUCCCGCCCUCCCCGUUUUGCUGCCCCUCAUGCACCGCCCCACCACGCUUACCCCUACCGCACCCGCUCCACUGACACUCCUCUGGGCUCCUCCUCCACUUCCACAACCCACCCUUCUCGCUCCCCAUAUCCCCCACCUCUCGGGAAGUCACUCUCUUACUCAAGUGCCGCCGCUGCCGAAAUGCAGUACCGACUUGUCCGCAAGGCCUCUGCGUCAGCCGGAGCAAAUGCAGCAGGGGUAGGAGGAGGAGGAGGAGGAAGUGGAGGAAGUGGAGGGAUGGGAGGAGGAGGAGGAGGAGGAGGAGGAGGAAUACAAACCCUGAAGGAUGAUCUGAUCCAGAUGAAACCCCUAAGUCGGACCAAUGGCAGCCAGCCCUUCUCCUCCACCUCGUCCUGCUCUGCCCCUUCCUCUCCCUCUCACCCAGUCAGUAUGUCUGCCCAGCCUGGAGUGCCCUAUCUCAACGCGGCAUUGACAUCAAGUCCCCCUCACAAGCCCAAGGGUGUCGCGGUGAAGAAGGUGACGGGCGUCGGGGGCACCACCUACGAGAUUUCUGUCUGAAUCUGAGUUGCAGCCAGCCUCCAGCUCAAGCAUUAAUGAGACAAAGCAGAGAUACUACUGUCUUCUUCUGCAUUUUACAGAGAGCGUUGGAUUUUACAUGAUACAAGGAACCACCUGCCUACUGCAUGAUGUGGACAUGUGCGCUUAAGUGGAACUCCUUUUGUCUGUGUCUCACUACUCAUCGACUAUUUGACAGUGGAUAUAAACUGUACUGCACAGUAACUGUGUUGGUGAAAUGAAAAGAACACCUGGACUGUCAUUGGGCUAUAAAAGAGUACUUUUUUUGGAUCUCACUGGACCAAACAGGAGCCAUUUGGCUCAUAUCAGUAGGUUGAAUCUUCACUGUAGCUCAGUAGGUAGUGCAAGGCAUUAGCACGAUUAGGCCAGGGUGUUUCAUUAGAUAAGUAUAGUAGCGAAAGGAAUUACUACUGCCAGGGUUAGGGGCUGGAUCCCACUUGUGCCACCAACAAAAUCUGGAACGGAGUUUGAGGACUGUCGGUUUACAAAGGUUAACAUAUGCACUUUUGGACCCAAGCAACGUUAAUUUGCUCAAAAUGUCACCAUUUUCAUGCUCAUACUUAGAUCCAUAUCACAACACACCAUGAUGGUGAUGAUAGUAAUAAUGCACAGUCUGUGGAACCCAGUCAAAGCAGAAUCCUUUCAGGUGUCACAGACGGCCAGUUCAGUGGCAACUUAACGUGUGAUCCAGCAGAUCAGCUCAGAUUAGGUUAAGUCAUAAUUGGUUUUUAAUACAAGGUCUGGCCCCGGGUGUCAGUUAAACCUUUCUUUUAUUAACAGCAUCCACCAGAUGAUGCAUGGUGUGAUUGUAUUGGACCAAGAACUUGAAAGGUGUUGGUGUAGCCAGGUGUGCCGUGAUGCAUGGAGUCAAUAAUGCAGGCCAGGCAGAAUCCCUGUAAACCUAUCGUCAGUCUCCUUGAGGUCGCUACCUUGUCCGCAGCCCUCCAGAUACGCAUUGGAAAUGUACAACACUGUCCAACUAGGGGUCAGUAAUCAAGCAGUGUCUAGGAUCUGUUCUGGACUUGUGACAAUCUGCGAGAAAGAAGGAUACCCGUGAACCUUUUGAUCAAUGUUGCUGUGUGACUUGACUUACCUUUUGAUGGAGGGAAAAAGAAUGUGACAUUGGAAAACAAAAAAGCUGAUUUCCUCUUUCUUCAAUACAUUUGUUGAUUUAUUACUAGAUGAGACUAUGAUUCUAUGUUUGUACAGGAUGAUGUGGUUUAAAUGUGGAUUUCUUUUCUUUUUUUUUUAAAGUGGCGUUCACACUGAACUGCUGCAUGCACUAAUACUUCAACAAGCCACUGUAGGCCACUGUGUUUUGCUGUGGGGGAUAUCAUCUGUUUGAACAAACCAAGUGAGGAAACUAAAGUAUAUAUGUAAACCAUGCUUUGGCCUUUUAUUAAUGGACUCCUAAGGACGGGGCAGAAUUUUCUAGAAAACGAAUUCCUUGAACAAUUUGCCUUGAAAAUUAAGGUGUAAUCAUUUUUUAUUUCACCUAUUUAAUUUGACAUUGUUUUUUAUGAAUUUAUAUGGAAAUAUAGCUAUUGAUAAAUGAAGAGUUUUUAAUAUUGACUCAAAAAAGGGUUUGUGUGUAUUAUUGUCACUUUUAGCAUCUGGAUAAAAAGAUUAAAUCAGCCUUUCUGACUGUUUCAGUUGAUGCUCUAUGAUUGAUCUGACGUUUCCUCUCAAAGCAUCUGAGCUCCAGUUUACUAAAUGUCUUAUUUUCCAAGAUGACGUGAAGACAGCAGGUCAGUGUUUAAAAAAAAAACUUGAGAAUUAAGUCAUCGAGAUAGAGAAUAGAUAUAUCACGAAUAUGGGAGAAAAAUAGGACAUUUACAAGAAAUUAAUUGUGAGGUAAAGUUGACAUUUUAUGAGGACAAAGUUGGAAAUUUACAAUCACUAGAUAGAGCUAAAGGAGAGCAAAACAAAGUCUUUCACAAACUAGGUUGUAAUAUUUCAUUUUAAGUCUCAAAGUCAUGAGUAAAAAAGUUCUAUCUGGACAGCAUGAUCAGACAUUGAUAGUAUUAGACGUCUGUGUUUCACCAUCACUUGUUUGACUAAUUUUGAAGUGCAGUUAUUUCUUGAAAAAUGUAUUAAUUUCAUGCUGACUAUCUGUCCCCUGAAUCCUGGAACUACUGACAGCAGACAUCCUGAAUUAAUUGCCCAUAUUUAGAUGAAUUUCACUUUUCUUCUGUUAACCAUGACACAGAAGUGAACGAGUCACCAGGAACUAAAUAGUGCAACAGGUCUUUUGACCAUAUAUGUUAAAUGGUUGUUGACAGGUGGCCAUGUCAUCACUUUGUUAUGAAAAUAACUAGAAUCAACGUGACUUCUAGUCUAUUUCUCUGGAAAUCAUUUGAGCAGUUGUGAGAAAACACAAGUAAAUACACAUUAGGAGCAAUGAAACAUUUGAUUUGUGACCUCACAAGAGUGUGAUUCAUUUCAGCACUUUUGAUUUUUCUGUAAAUGGAGUGCAGUGGAGGAUACGAGCCUGUUAGAGCAGAAUGGACAGGUGAUGAGGAUGGUGGACUGGAGGCAUGUGUUUGUGAGUGCAGUCAGGGCACCUCCUGUGCAUUUGGUGACAACAGGGCUGAGAAACCGAACUUCAUAUCAAAGUACUGUAUAGCUUAAUGUGUGUGUGAGUGUGUUUGUGGAUGUAUGUAUGUGGUAGGCGGCUGGAAGAUUCAUAAUAAACUUGAAAGAGAUGGGA